CUAAACAUAGCGCCAGCAAGAAGGUGAAGGCACUCAUCAUCCCUUCAUUACUGAAAUUGGGAACGAAGCUGGCUUUUCAUUCGCCUUUCACACGUCCAUCUUGAGUGGUUUGUUACCAUCAAAAUCGACCAGCGGACCAUCGUUCAAUGAAGAGGAACGUCCUCCCAGAAAGUCAAAAACGUGGAACCAUGACGAGAUUAUGGUUUUCUACGAAGGACUGAAACAAUGUGGGAAAGACUUUGAUGGAAUUAUGCGUAUAAUGGCUAAGAGGAAAGUGGACAAAAACAAGGAUCAGACCAAGAACUAUUACUUUAAUUUGCUUAAGCAUGUGAAGCAAUCCAUCUCUUUGGAUGAAGAUUCGAUGGGCGACAUAGGACGUGAUGCGAUGGAGCUGUUCAUUACCAUUAAUGCAUGUGAGUGGAGAAGAAGAACAAAUACCAAUCAGUACAUUCCUGAUCGAAUGAAAGAGUUGAUUUUCCAUGGGUCGGAUAAAAGUGGCCCUAUAAAGGUCAAAACCCCUCCGUGUCCUUCAUUGCUCAAAUUUUUCUAUAGUGAGUUUGUGGUAGAGCACACAAAUCGUGUCAACUGUGAACAAAAUCCACUUCUCCGAAUUCGGUUGAACACGAAUGACCGCAUUUCAAGAAUUUUCCAACUUUUGCGUCAUAAGUGGUCCUCUGUACUAGAUAGGGUGGCACGUUUCUCCCAUCUUUUCGUUUUUUUUUUUCAUUUUAGGAGAAUUUCUAAUUUACAAUUUUUCAGACACUACUUCUUCCUAGUACUAAUAACUGCUAAUCCUUCGUACACAGUUACAGUUUCUCAUAGCUUUGUUCUGAAUGAAGAAAUUAUUAAAAGUGGGCUUUGUGAAGCAAAUGUUCGAGAUGCAAUCGUGGCCGAAAUAUACUGCUUGGUAUGA